GGCGGGCUCGGCGGCUUCCCGAGUCGGCCUCGCUGCCCGGCGGCCGCGCGGAGCUGCACCGGCCGCGGAGCGGCUAUGGGCCCGCUGGGCCCCCGGCGCCGCGCCGCGCGAGCACCGGCCUAGAGCCAGAACUGAAGCGUCCAGAUGGCGGACGGGCACCCCGGGGGCAUUAGCCCCCUUCAGCAGAUGGUGGCGUCGGGCGCUGGGGCUGUAGUGACCUCCCUGUUCAUGACACCCCUGGAUGUGGUGAAGGUUCGCUUGCAGUCUCAGCGCCCUGCCCAUGUCAGCGAGAUGACGCCUCCCUUCAGGCUCUGGAGCCUCUUGGAUGCCAGACGGAAGUGCCUUCUGUACUGCAGUGGGGUGCUGGAGCCCCUGUACCUGUGCCCCCAUGGCCCACGCUGUGCCACCUGGUUCCAGGACCCUGCCCGCUUCACUGGCACCAUGGACGCGUUUGUAAAGAUUGUGAGGCACGAGGGGACCAGGACCCUGUGGAGCGGCCUCCCCGCCACGCUGGUGAUGACCGUGCCGGCCACUGCCAUCUACUUCACCGCCUAUGACCAGCUGAAGGCUUUCCUGUGUGACCGAGCCCUGACCUCGGACCUCUUCGCGCCCAUGGUGGCUGGCGUGGUGGCCCGCUUGGGCACCGUGACGGUGGUCAGUCCCCUGGAGCUGGUGCGGACAAAGCUGCAGGCCCAGCAGGUGUCCUACCGAGAGUUGGGCAGGUGCGUCCGCGCGGCCGUGGCACAGGGCGGCUGGCGCUCACUGUGGCUGGGCUGGGGCCCCACGGCCCUGCGGGACGUGCCCUUCUCAGCCCUGUACUGGUUCAACUAUGAGCUGAUGAAGAGCUGGCUCAGCGGGCACAGGCCCAGUGACCAGGCUUCUGUGGGCAUCAGCUUCGUGGCCGGCGGCAUCUCAGGGACUGUGGCGGCCACCCUUACCCUCCCAUUCGAUGUGGUGAAGACGCAGCGGCAGGUGGCGCUGGGCGCGCUGGAGGCAGUGAGAGUGAAGCCCCCGCGUGUUGACUCCACCUGGCUGCUGCUGAGGAGGAUCCGAGCUGAGUCUGGCACCAGGGGCCUCUUUGCGGGCUUCCUGCCGAGGAUCAUCAAGGCCGCCCCAUCGUGUGCCAUCAUGAUCAGCACUUACGAGUUCAGCAAGAGUUUCUUCCAGAGGCUCAACCAUGAGCGGCCCCUGGGCGCCUGAGAGGACGAGCACCCCAUCUCUCCCGGGAGUGGGGGGCCGCACAGGAGGGGACCGAGCCAAGUGCCUUGUCCUCAGCACUGAUGGGAGGGGCCCCAGUCCCCCCUCCCUCUCCACUCUGAGCCCCAGGAAUAGCGGGGGCUGUUCUCUGGGCCCACACCGAUUUCUGCCUGCUGCUCCCCAGUCCCGAACCUCAAGAAUCAUCACUCUUCUGCCCCUCACCAAAUUGAAGACCAAAUCUGCUGACCACCCCCAGCCCCAUUUCCCCUCUGUGCUUGUUGUCGAUGGGCCUGCCCAGAGCCCCACGCCCUGGCAGGGCAUUGUCUGCACCCUGAGUCUAAAGCUGAUGAACUUC